CAGGUACUCUUGCAAGGAACACAACUGAGAAACCAUCAUGUUCACCACACUGGUAGCUGCUGCCCUCGUGGCCCUUGUCGCUGCUGACGGCAUCCCAGACUUCGUUGUACCUGGAAGAUGCGCUAAAGUGGCCAACCAGGACAAGUUCGAUCUUCGCAGGUACUCUGGCCGCUGGUAUCAGACCCAGAUCAUCGACAAUGCCUACCAGCCAUACACUCGCUGCAUCCACUCCAACUACGACUACUCUGACUCUGACUACGGCUUUAAGGUGACCACAGCUGGAUUCAGUCCCAACAACGAGUACCUGAGACUGCAGGGCAAGAUCUACCCCACAAAGGAUUUCCCAGCUGCCCACAUGCUCAUUGAUUUCCCUACUGUUUUCGCCGCUCCCUACGAAGUGAUCGAGACUGACUACGAGACGUACUCGUGCGUGUAUUCCUGCAUCGACUGGAACGGCUACAAGUCCGAGUUCGGCUUCGUCUUCUCCCGCACCCCACAGACUUCCGGUCCAGCGAACGACAAGUGCGCCUCCGUCUUCCGCAAGAACGGAGUCGACUUCGCCUUAUUCAAUGACGUUGCUCAUACGGCCGAAUGUGUCUACAGAGCUUAAUUCGUUACAGUUUUAUACUUUAUUUUAUUUUAUUUUUAUUUUUUUAUAAACAACAAACGAUAUAUUUUAUAUAUGAAUGAAUUAUGAUGUCCCCUAUCAAAUGAUGUACGUUUUUUGCUUUAUAUAAUAAAAAAACGUUAUCGUA